AUGCUGGGACGAAUAGGAACGACACGAGGACAAUUAGGGGGGCAGUACUAUGCUGAGACACUGACAGGGCAGUAUCUGCCGCUGCCGCCGCCAGUUCUCCAGCACUAUUCAUCGCGUCUGCGGGAGUGUCUAGGGGACAUCGCAAUGACGCCGAAGGUCUUCGAGGCCAUGCUGCACGACGAGGCAUUCCACCGCGAUGUGAACAGCAUGUAUAGCCGGGAGUUUGUGGAGCUGCUGAGGGGAGUGGGUUGGGAAUGGCUGCGCGUGCACGCCGCAGACACCUUGAGCCAUGCCCAAGAGGCCGAGAGCAAUAGUGUGGAUACCGGCCUCGCCGAGGAUGCCGACGCGCGAGUUACGGCCACUGCCACUACCACUGCAGACCAGAAACCCCCGGUUGCAAAUGAGGAGGCGGAGGCGGAGCAGGAAAGUGAGAGGAAGCAAGAAGCUGCUAUGACGUUCAAAAGCGAUAAUGGAUGCAGGGACCUGCACUCCACGUUGUUGCUGCUGACGGUGAUGGGGGCACCAUACCGUGUGGUGCGAGAUGAGGGCUGCCUUGCGAUGCCAUGCAACAUCCGCUUGCUGCUUUGCCGUGAUCCAUCCAUUGUCUACCUCGGCCUUCUCCUCAACUUCACGCAGCCGCAUUUGCCAGAUAAGGCGCUUGACUGCGUUGCUGCGAUGCGCGUGAUUGCCUACGGAUGGGGGUCCUCACCCACAUUUGAAGACGUUCUAAAGUCUGCAUUGCGGGUGCGGAAGCGAAGCAGGCAACACACAGAAGUGUGUAGUCAACAGGACGAGGACACCGUGGUGCUGCAGCUUGCUGACUUUGUGAAGGACCCGCUGCAGCUCCUUCACGGGAGGAUUCUCUCACGGUCAUCGCGGGGCGGCGCCAAUCAACGUGAUUCCCUGCCAAUGGGCAGGACGGUGCUGCGGAAUAUGGCGGAUGCCGCGGGAGACGCGGAGCGGCUACUGUGGUGGUGUCGCUGCCGGAUCCUGUGCAUGCAGCUGCUUCCAACCUCGGAGCGGGAUGAGUUGCUUGCGGGGUCUUUGAGCGUCUUCUUUCGCAGCAUUUGGCGCACGGAGAGACUCUUCUCCUCCAUUCUGGAGGAAGCUGACUUUGACGACGAGGUCAUGCCUGACAACGAGGAUACCAAGCUGGGGGCGGCGGUGCCGAGCGUCGCAACCCUCGUCGGGACGAUUGCCGACGUCGUGCACGCGUGGCACUUUGCGCUGCGUGGGUGUGCGCCAAAUUCUGGCCUGCUUUCGAUGCGCUACGUCCAGAAUCCGCUGGACGCCGUGAGCUGCAUCGUUCCGCGGCAUCGCAAGUUCCAGGAGGGCAGCCACCGCUGCCUCGCGGAGGACUGGCAGUUUCGACUCCUCACGGAAUACCACAGCACCCACAUUGCGCUCUUCACGGCACCGAACGCCGCGGGGCACGCUGCAAUGCUUCCGGCGAUGGUGGCGCAACUGACCGAUAUCCUGCGCUUUCACCCGCACUACUGCGCGGUACUGCUCAUGCGAAGCCUGGCGCUCACUCGGGAGAGCACGAAUACCUCGACAGCACUCAACCACGGCCUGGUCCGUGCCGUCGUGACGGUGAUGCGGACGUACCUGGACGAACAACAGCCGAACGACGCGGAUUACGCGCAGCAGCAUGCCAGCAGAAGGUGCGGAGAGGAGCGAACUCUCGUGUAUGGCUGGACAUAUGAGGCGGUACGGGUUUUGCGUUGGUGCUUUUUUGUUCUGGAGCGGCUCGCCACAGUCUCGACGCACGAAUCUAUAAACCCAAUUGUGUUUCUGCUGACUCCCAACGACGAGGACGGCUACGAGCUGUGCCAGCACAUAUGCAAGAAAAUCCUACACCCCGAUGGUCAUCCCGUACUUCUCGCGGCCGCGUUCCGUUUUUUUGCGGCCUGCAUCCACCACAAUGUUCGCGACGUGGUGCCCGCGUUGCUGCAGCGGGGCGUACUGCACACCAUUCUGGAGAUUGGCGAGAAUCCCACACUUCUCAGGCGGUACAACCAGCGGACAGGUGAUGGGGAGGCGCCGCGCUCCGCACCAAGCGGCUCACGCGAUGGAGAACAAGGAAGGUCUAAAGGUGCCCAGGUGGCCAAGAAAGCAAGCGGCUCUGCUAGCAGGCCUCGUAAAACACCUGCAUUGCUCGUCAGUGAAGAGAAGGCCACAGUCUUAGUGGACCCGCAGGCGUACUAUGAACAAGCCCUCCCGAUGUUAGACAUUUGCAGCGUGUUGCAGGCCUUUGCUGUGCAUAACAGUACACAUGCACAGCUUUACAAACCACAGUUGAUGCGGGGCUUAGUGUGGGCGCUUGUUGUGCCUGUCGCCCCUGCAUCAUCCGCCACCGCGGCGGGGGUACCGCCGCUGCGUGUAAGCACUCGAGCCGCCACGGCAGUUGGCAAGGAUCUCAUGUCGCUGCUUCGCACGUUGCCCGAACUGCGGGAUGGCUUUUUUGCUGCCUGCUCCGAGAUACUGACGGACCUCGUGGUGGCGUCACAGCGCGAAAAACCACCAGAGGAAAUUGCACUCUCUAUAUGGAAUAUACUUGCGUGCCUCGCCGGGGCGGAGUUCCGUCAGCUGACGCAGCGCGUACAACACCGCCGGCAGCGCAACCAUGUGCCCGACCACAACAGUUUGAUGGGUGAAAUGAUCGUGCAGAACUUUGCUAGCUGCAAUGUGGCGCUGUCACAGGCGAUACGCGCGCUCUUACAAUUACCACAGCGUCUUGCCGUCGUGUCUGCCAACUACAACAUCCUGAGUUUGUUUGUAUGCAACAUCCCCUUGUCAAUGCUCGAUGGUAUCUCCUCUGUGAUUCUCAGUCACGUCAAGGAGCUUGCGGAACUCGUCCAGUCAUCGGGGUCGGCGCCGAGCGGCGAUCUCAGCGAGGGUCAGGCAAACUCCUUGCUGUUGCUGUCGUGGGCCUUCUGCAAGUUUCAAACCUCGCUACCGCAGGCCAUCUCAAAACUUCGGUGCGAAUUGGGAAAUUUACUCUUUGACACGUAUGUUGCGUUGGAAAUGACGGGCGGUAGGGCCGCCACCCCCGCCCCCACCAAUAUCAACGUGGGGGAUCGCACCAUGCCGGAGUCAAUUCCUGCCACAACGGAGGGUUACGGGGACGUUUUGACGGCGUCACGCUUUGGCGCACCUGGAGCCGCCUUGUUGCCCCUCACGUCAGAGAUGGAUAUUUCCGCGGAGUGGUUGUGGUCCUCCAGGAUGGGCUUUCCGGAGGAUUCGCUCUACUUGAUGCAGGAGGAAAGGAUUUUGUCGGAUGCUGCGGCCGCGUCCGUCAUUGGACGGGGUGCUACUGAUGCGGAACGGGAGGCGUUGAGUGCGGUUGGCCGCUUCCGUCAGAACAUUGCGCUUAUGCUUGCGCCGCCCCCUGAUCGUCGCCGACAGUACUUCUCUCCCAACCGGGCGUACCGUCACCACGGCCUCCUGUCGCCAAACCAGCAGUGUCUGCUGCCUGUGAGCAUAACCCACCUGCUAGGUGGGACGGAGAAGGCGUUGAAGGCCAUCACGCAAGAAAUGCGGGACGCCGUUCAGUGGCGUCUUGACGCAGUGAACGAGAACGUGGAUUGUGGUAUGAGUGGCACGGGCCUGCAGAAGACGCUCCGUGCCAUUGCCCUAGAGGCGUUGAAUGCUUUCAAACUGAAGGAGUUAGAGAUGCGGCUGCGGUUCGCCGAGGGACCGACUUCCAUUAUUUGGCGGAAUGGCAGUAACCCGGACAUCAGCUUUGCGGUGCUCUUGACGGGCGUUCUCUUACAUCUGCAGUUCAUUAUGGAGGGCGUUUUGCCGCCUAGGAAAGCAACACCCACGUCCGCGUCGUCACCGACGGCCGCUGCAGUAGGUACCGCCACCGACAGCGGUGCCGUGACUACGCCGGCUUUUUCUGGAGAGGGUGUGAAAACUGAGGCUGCGGAGAAGCUCUCUACUGUGAUAAACUCUUUGACACACAUUAUUGAGCGACUCCUGAAGGUGGUUUCGGAGUGGAGUUCGGCCCGUCGCCCCUGGGUGCAGCCACUCCUGUACUUUGUGCUUGUCAUCUGGAGAGAACACGGACUCAGCUUUACCCCGGCGAUGACGCUUGGGAUCCUGCCGCGGCUGUUGGACUUUGGCACGGAAAUUUUUGGCGGCAAUGCCGACCGGUCGCUGGCGGCGGCGUUUGCAACCAUUUCCGAGGGUGAUAAUGAGGAGAUGGUGCAGCUGGCGUCGUUCUGGUCUGAUCUCUCAGCGCAGGAGGGAAAAGAUGCCGGCGGCGGUGGCGACCACGCGGCGCCCACAUCCUCCCCAUUGUUGGCUGAGGAUUAUGCGAGGGAUGUGUCGAUGAUGGCCGCCGAUUUCUCUUUUGCUGACAGAAGGCACCCGCAGCAGCGCGCGUCGUCGCAAAAUUCGCUGGCGGAUGCUGCGCGGGAGUGGGUGCUUGAUGUUGCGUCGACGCUGCGCUUUGCCGAUGGGGUAACGGAGGACGAGCAAACGCAAAUGCGGCGGUUGUGCUGCAAGGUGUGCUGGACCUACACCACCUUCACGCGAGCAAAGGAGGGGAGCAGUAGAGCCACGAUGCAAUUUGCCAGCGAGAGGCCUGCCGCUCUGCAACGCAUCAUCUGCCGCGUCCUGGAGGAUCCGGGGCGGAACUACACGCUGCUGGAGUUGCUGGCUGUGCUCCUCUCGCAGGAGGAAACGGAGAAAUACCUCACCGCACUCUUCAAAAAGACGCAGCUUCCCCGCGCCGUUUUUGACUGCGUCACGGCGGAGGUUCGGCGACUGUCCGAGGCGUCGUCGUCGUCGUCGUUGUCGUCGGAUGCGGUCCAGUGGCAGCGGCAGCGUCGCAAGGCAAUGCUGGGGCAACUAUUUUGCUUCCUUUCUGCCUCGUCGGUAAACAUACAGGGCGAGAAGAAAGCGCGAGUGUGUGCGUACUACCGCAGCAGCCCGUCCAACUUUUGUUGGAUGGGUCACCUCUGUCGCCACCUGCAUCCACAGAGCCGGGCCCCGUUGCGUCACCCGUCUAGCACGAACAUGUCAUCGAGCCUGGUGACCACCGUCACCGCGCUCCUCAGGGGCUUCGGCUACGGAGACCUCUGUGAGGAGGCGGAGGAGAAUGAGGCGACACCGAAGGAGUCCGGCAACAACUCACGUCCCGAGGAGGGUAACAGUGGCGGCAGCGGCGGCGGCGGCGGCUGUCCAACGAUGACGACGCAGGUGGGGAGCACCGACGUGGCGAAUGAGGAGAACACAAGUGGGGAGUCUACGGGUCAACCCAUUGCCGCCGCCCCGGCGUCUACGACACCUGCUGGUAGUGGCACGGCAACGGGUCAUUUUGUUGGAAGUGCGGCAAAGGUGGAGCUCCAGCUGUCCGAUGUGCUGGAGAGCACCUCGAUGUUGCCAGAUGAUCUCCUGCAGAAGUGUGCCGAGCUUUUGUUGGAGUACCUGGCAGAAGAGGACGUCGAAGCGGAUGAGCAGGGGCAGGAUGAGGAUGGGGAGGGUAGUCACACCAGCGGACGUCGGCCGAAGAAGAAGAAACCACGUGAGUUGAUGGUGCUAGAGACUCCAGUCACGUACGUUGCGGUGGAUUUUCUUGCGAAGGUGCUGGGCUCGGCCGACGCCUCCCUUGUGACACAUCUCUACCGGCUGAAUGAGACGGUGAGGAAGGGCUUCGUGCUACGCGCCAUUUCUCGCCUGCUGCGCAACGACAUGUCCGGAUCGGGCCCACGCGUGCAGGUCAUGAGAGCGCUUCUUGAACAAACGGAGCACACAGAGGGGGUGGUGUACUCCGCCAUGGUGAGCGCCAUUCAAAACGAGAUACGUCUGGGCGGUUCCUACGUCCUGCAGGAGAAGGACGUGCAGGAGUUGUGCGCACGACACGCCCCUUACGUCGUUGCGUGCAGGACACACCAUGCCCGUGGAGUUGCGGAGGUGCACCGGCAUGCAGUUUUGUUGAAUGACUUUCUUGUCGCCCUUCGCUCUGUCAUUGGCAAGCAUCCAAAGGCGUUCUAUACUGUGUUUAACGCCUUUUGUGUGGUCUUUAUUCUGCACGUUGGCAGACGCGGUGUUGAGCAAGAGGACGUCAAGACCACCGUCUGGCUGGCGCCGCGCAAGCCUCCACGCCAGAGUGUGAUGGGCGGGUCACGCACGCCCCAGCGCCUAGCCGUGGAAAACGUCUUUGAUAUGCUGAUACAACGUCUGGGGAACUCGUCCCUGCCGCCGCUUGUCACUGGCGUGCUGAACCACAUUACGGUGCUUCCCUCUGUCGCCUCCAUCGUCACCUCGUACAACGUCAAUGUGCAGAUUCCGGAGAGUAUGCGAGGCGUUUUUGCGGAGUGUAAGACGAUCGAAGAUGAACAGGCCCGACUGCACUACCUGUGCAGUGACGGUUCCAUUCCACGGGAGGCUCCGCUUUACCUUACACCAUUUUUGGCGGUAAUUUUGUUCAUUGAUAAAUCGCAGCUAGAGUUGCUUGAUGGGUUCUUUUUUAACGUGGCGCAAAAGGCGCCUGCACGCCUGAUUCAAUUGCUUCUGCACGCGAUGGAAGUUUUGUUGGCAGCUACACCGUCACACAGGACCCGCAACACGAAGGAAGGGGCUGAACGAGGAAAGAUGCGGCCGUGGAAUCCCUCGCCGGUUGAUAUGUUGUGUGGUAUUUUGCACGUUCUACGAGUACUGCUGGGCGCCCCAUGGAGUUCGCUCGUGUGGCGGUUGUGCGAUGAGUUGUGGCAGCGUGACGCCCUUGAGGUGUUGUAUCGCGUGGUAGAGAAGCAGUGCUGCACAAGUGAGCGGGACGCAGCGGCGCUGCUGUUGGUCAUACGACGUGUGCUCUUGGCGUACGGCAAAUGCAACAGAAGCAAUAGCAAGCGGAACGGAUGCGGUGACAAGAAAAUCACUGGAUUGGAUGAUUGCCCCGACAUGGAGGGCGAGGGUGGCAGUAGUAGUGGCGCUGUGGUUUCGCUCCGGCAUCAGGAGCAGCAGACGCAGCAGCAGUUUUCAGCCGACUCGGUGGCGGCGCAAGAGGUCAGUAUGCUUCUGCUGGAUGAGGGUGAUGUCUCGCGGACCCCGCACACGCAACCCUCCGGCACCAUAGACGACGCCUUCUUCCUAGACGACCUUGUCGGCGGCCACAAUGAGCGCAGCGGGGGCGGGGAGUUGAACGGCCUCCGAGAAAGCAGGCGGAUACAAACGCGUCGUGAGGGGGGGCUGACGGAAGUUAUGUUUGACAUUGGUGAAAUGCUGCGCCCCACUGACGCCACGCUGCUCUACCACACACAUGGCUCCUCGGAGAGCGAAGGUGAGCACGGACAAGAUGAUGAAAACGAAGUCACUGAGGACGAGGACAACGAGGAGGAGAACCUGAACAUCGUCGGAGAGGCGGUCGACAGCUCCGGACACGCCUCUACACCCAUCUCAGUCCGGGUGGGCCUGCGGAAUCUCGCGGCCCUUGUUGAACCGGACGACGACGACGACGAAGACGACGACGACGACGAAGACGAAGACGGCGGCGGCAACGAGGAGGAGGAGGAGGACGAAGACGAGGAUGAGGACGAGGACGAGGGAGAGGGAGAGGGCGAGGAAGAAGAGGAGGAAGAAGACGUGGAGGAGCUAUCCUAUGUGGUUGAUCCCUCGCCCUUCCGGCGUAUGACGCCCAGCGAGAUGAUGGUGGGGUUUUCAGUGGGCCCUGCAGACGAGUUUGGGGACGUCGCCUUGACGACGGCGCAGGUGCGUGGGCUCACCGGAUGGGCGCAAGACCAGUACGACUCCGGGAUCAGCCGGUUUUCCAUUGACGACGAAGAUUGGACGCUGCUCUCCAGUCAAGUCCCCUCGAGCAUUUUUGAUCUCUUUUCCCGUAACAGGCGGGAUAUAGUUGAGCUGAACUACAACACCACCAGCGGCGGUGACCGUCAGAGUAUUAUUCCACGAAUUGUGACCCUCUGCGAGGCGAUCAACGACACGGUGGACCUGUUGUGGGAUAAAAUGCUGAUGCUUAAGCCGCUGCCGCCGGUGCUGCACGCGCAGGAGGUGCAACCACCGCGUGUGACUCUGCCACCGCCGUCGCCUGUGUCGGAUGCACAAGACGGCCAGACGACGCAGAGCCCGGACGGAGCCACUGAGCGGGCGGUGGAGGGAGCAUCAGCCGUUCGCAGCACCGCAGGCCCGGCCACCAACGCUAGUGGAGAUCAUAGCAGCAGGGUGGAGGGCGCCAACGCACGCAUCUGUGCGCUCUUUGGCAACACUGAUCCCGCCACGAGUACUGAGACAACGGCGGUGCCACCACAAAUUGUCUCCUAUAUAGACACUCAUCCUGGCGUUUUGGAGGAGUCACAGGCUUCUUCUUUUAUUGCUGCCGCAGCCGACUCUCACAGUACGGUUGACAAUGCGGCACCCACAGAAACCGUUGCUGCAGAGCCACCAAUGGAGCAGCAGCCGUGGUUCGGAGCAAUCGAGCCUCAUUUCCUUCUGGAACUGCCAGAGUCACUUCGCCGUGAGCUACUCUUUGACCACAUGAAUCUUCUUUUGUGCGGGCAAGAGCGGGAAGUGAGGGGUCAACGCACACGCAUCUAUGUCGCAUUUAUGGACCAGUUACCACAAGAUGUGCAGAUGGAAGCCAUUGAAGUGGAGCAUCGCUGGCGGCGUGUUACCGGCGACGACUCAGGCAGUGGAGGUGCGCAGGGCGGCGAGGAGCCGACGUUUCUUACCGAGGUUCUUGCAACCGUCGACGCAGAAGUGCGACGCGACAUUUUGCUAACGUGCGACUUGCAAUAUCUUGAGGGGAAUCCCGCUUUACUUGCAGAGGCCACUGUGCUUCGUGAGCUUCAGAGCAUGGAGGCCGAGGGUGUUGCCAACGAAGAUGGCGGGCGCCUGCGGGAGGGACGGGAAGAGGCAGACAGAUCGGGCAAUGACGGGACGGCCGAGGCAGCGAGGUACAGCGCGAUUUUUCGGGUUCCGCCGGAGGACCCGCGUUUCCCAUGGGUUUUGCAACGCCAUCUGCUUGAGGAAGGAGGCGGCCGCAUCUCUCUCCGGGGCCGCUUGGAGGCACCAACCACCACGGGUGGCGGCGGCAACAGCAACAACAGCGGCGCGGAAAAUGGCGGCAAUGGGGCUCGCCGACCAGGACGCCCGCCGCGGGGCCACAACCGCGUGACGGAGACCGCCCUCAACUGCCGCAUUCGGGCUAUGCAAAGCCGUCACACACGCGAGGAAAAGAUGCCACUGCCCCCGGAUCGUCAAAGCGGUGAAACAGGAGUGCAUGCCCCCGCUCCCCCCGUUCCUAUUGCGGUGCUUCGGCAGCUUAUGGAUCUGGUUUGUUUUGCGAAGGGCGGCUUCCCGUCGCUGGAGUACGGCUGCGGUUCAUCGACUCUCUCUGUAAGUUCCCAACUAGUGGCGCUGCUAAUAACUGUAUGCGUGAACACGGCAAUCGCGAGGGAGGCGUUGGUGAAGCUGCUUGAUGUGGCACUGGAAGGGCCGUCGAGGAGCGCCUUUGCCGAUGCAGCACCGGAGGAGCAGUUUAGGCGCGACUGUGGCUGCAUCGCGGUUCAGGUGACGUUUAUCAUUGAAAAGUUGAUUGAACGGUGCCGCGCGGCCGGGCUGAGUUUCACGAUGCUCCCUGACGGUGUGGAGGAGGGUGGGCCAUUGAAGCCCGUGGAUGAGCCGUACAAUGAGGUGGAACGACGGGCGAUGGAUGCGGGGCUCUUCCGACGGCUUGUGGAGGUCAUCCUGCGAUUUCCGUCGCCGCGUGCGGAGUUGUCCUUCACUCAUAUAGUCUCAGCGCUUAACGAGCAGCUGCGGGUGCUUGAGGAGGACAAAGUAAAGUCGCAACUUCCGAGAGCGCCGUCUCCCACGCCAUUGUCCAACAGGCGCAUUCUGCACCCACGCCACACCCAUGUGCUGCAGUGGACAAAUCUGUGCCAGUAUCCGUGCCCAGAAGGCUACUUUGUCUGCAACGGCUGUGCCACAAAGCUUCUACACGACAUCUUUGCGUUCUGCUGCUCAGCCUGUCACUAUGUUCUUUGCCCGCAGUGCAGUCUCGUAACACUGACAGCGGAGGAACAGGCGCAGCGCGUGCGUUGGUGUGCUUACGCGUUUGUGACGUCAAACGGAACCCUGCAGGCGGCCUCGCGACUUCUUGCCAAUCCAAAUUGUACGAAAGAGAUGGGGCUGCAGACGGUGCAGCUGCUUCGGCGGGGCAUCAUGGAAAGCGCACGACGCGACACAAUGUUUGGCAACAGCGACAGCCCCAUUGCGGUGGUGGAGCGCAUUGUUGUCGGACUUGCAAAGGACCUUACAGCGGAGAUACAUGCGCGGGUCAAUGCGUUCCGCAGUGCUUUCCCGAGCAAGGUGACCAUGGGCCCUGGCGCAGUGGUGUCCUCCAGUAGCGGCUCCAUCAGUGGCAGCGAGGCGGCGGGUAUAGAAUGGACCGCGCAUGAGGCGAGCUUGGCGCUCUCCCACCUGAACUUGAGCAGCACGGCGAGUCACUUACACAUGUUUUUCUUGCCGUAUGCCGAGGUGCAUCGACCGGAGCUGCGCGAGGUAUCGUUGAUGUGGCACGCCUCACAGAUGUAUCUUGCGGAGGUGGCGUCUAUCUUGCAUCGGCUAAAAAAUAGUUUCUCGGUGCUCCUGCCGCACGCGGUUCUUUUUCUACUGAAUGCGUUCUGUCAGUUCCACAUGAGGGAGGCGCGGCGAGGCUCGUGCUCCGUGAGUGUGGGGCUGGAGAGCCACAGCGGCAUCGCGGUGGAGAAGACGGAGACGGAGCGGUUCAUGCUGGACACUACACACACGCCUUCCAGCGUUUCUGAGGCCGCCGUGAACGCCCUCGCACGCGCCGAGUCGACACCGCAGCAGCAGCAGCAGCAGCAGCAGCAGCAAUCACGGCAGACGGGACGUUCACAUCUGCAGCGGCGACCCACCUUGGAGGGUGGGAGCAGCGAAGUGGGCGACCCGACGCGGGACGAGCGCCCAGCGUUGCCCCGUCUGGUGCGUCAGUUUGUGGAGCGCAAUAAGAUGACCAUCAACACUCUCAUCCAGUACGACCCUAAGCUGCUGGAGGAGAGCUUUGCCUUCCUGAAGGCGGAGCCUGGAUUUAUUGACUUUAAUAUUCGGCUGCUUGACUUCCAGCGGCACAUUAGCUAUGCCACGCACGGGUCCCGCAUUAGCCUGAGCAUCAGCCGCGAUCAGUGCCUGCGCGACAGCUUCGCCCAACUCUCCAAGUUGAAAAGCUUUCACGGCGCUUUAAAUGUGCGCUUCCGCGGCGAGGAGGGGGCCGACGCGGGCGGGUUGACGCGGGAGUGGUUUCAGCUUUUGGCGGAGGAGAUGGUGAACGACAACUACGCGCUUUUCAUUCACUCCCGCGAGGGCAUGACGUACCGACCGAACCCCUUCUCCGAUGUCAACCCGAACCAUCUGCACUACUUCAAGUUUGCGGGCACCGUGGUGGGCAUGGCGGUCGCUCAUGGCGUUCCCAUCGACGUGCACUUCACGCGGGCGGUGUACCGCCACAUGACUGGGGUGCAACCCAUCUUCCGCGACCUUGAGAGCGUCGACCCGGAGUUGUACGACAACCUCAACUGGCUCCUGCGCAACGACGUCAACGACCUGGGGCUCUUUUUCACCGUCAGCUGUGAGCGCUUUGGCGUCAUUCAGGAGACCGAGUUGAUGCCAAACGGGGGGCAGGUAGCCGUGACCAACGCGAACAAGUCUCAGUACGUGCGGCUGCGUUGCGAAUUUCACAUGACGCGGCAAAUUGAGCAGCAAAUGGAGGAGUUUCUAAAAGGCUUCUACACCGUCAUUCCGCGGAAGGAUAUUCGCAACUUUACGGCGCAAGAGCUCGAGCUCGUCAUUUGCGGCAUGCCCGACAUUGACGUGGAGGACCUGCGGGUGCAUACGCUCUACGAUGGCUACACCGCCACCUCGCCGCAGAUCCGGUGGUUCUGGGAGGUGGUCGCGUCUAUGACAAAGGAGGAUCGCGCAAAUCUGCUGCAGUUUGCCACCGGCGCGUCGAAGGUGCCGCACGGGGGGUUCAGCAACUUAGAGUCGGCGAGCGGGACAACGCAGCGCUUCACCAUCACGCGGUGGGGUGACAGCGUCGAUCUGCUCCCGCAGGCGCAUACCUGCUUCAACAAAAUUGACCUGCCGGAGUACCCCAGCUGCGAGGAACUGCGACGGAAGUUGAUCUUGGCCAUCACCUUAGGCAGCAGGGGAUUCGCCAUGCUGUAA